AUGUUCGCAUCUUUUGCUUUUGUCAGAGCAUCGUCGCCCAAAAAGGAUCGCUGCUAUCGCUCUGCUUUUAGAAAAGAAAUAAAAUAAACAGAAAAUCCAGAAACACAAAGAAUGUCAAGCUCUAACGUGGCCACCAUGAAAAAGGCGGUGCAGCAGCUCCGUUUCGAGGCGAGCAUAAACAGAGUGAAGGUUUCACAGGCAGCUGUGGAGCUGCAGCAGUUUUGCUUGCAGAACGCCUUGCAGGACCCUCUGCUCACCGGAGUGUCCUCCAGCACCAACCCCUUCAGGCCGCAGAAAGUCUGCUCCUUCUUGUGAAAUCACCGUCUUCAUUGGCCUUCGUUCAGACGCUACAGGGAAACGUUGACCUCAGCACUCCUCCUCAUGCCAAGCCAUUUUACUGCCACGGGAAAUGUAGAACACAUUCAAGUCAGGAAAAGAAACUGUUAGUAACAUUCAAAUAAAAGGAAUGUUUUUUUGUUUUUUUUUCCCGUUUUUUUUUUUUUUUCUUUUGGGUUUUUUUCAUGGCACACUGUGAUUUUUAAGUCAAUAAUUGUGCCUUUUUCUAUCAAUCUGUAGUGGUCUUUAUUGCUUUGGAAUUUUUGUAUUUAAAAAAAUAAAAACAUUCAUAGCUACAGA